AUGGCUCAUCGUGGGAAAAUGAAGUCCGGGACCAUCACCCCACGUGACAGCCACUUCAGCAUCAAAGUGAGACUACAGGAGACCCGGGAGAGGUUUUCAGUACCCGGGUGCAGUCACCAUAUGAAGAUGGCCGAGCUGAAAGAGAAGCUGGAACUUGUGGCUGGGAUCCCAAUCCACCUCCAGAGGUUGUCCUAUAUAGAUGAAGGAGACAUGCCUGACUCGUCUACCUUUAAAUUCAAUGCGAUUAUUCAUGGAGGAACUGUUUGUCUGAGCAUCUGGUCGCGGGAAGGCUGGAGCGAUCUUGUAAAAGCUGCAGCUGGAGGAAACUUGGCAGAGCUGAAAUGUUUAGGAGUCACUACAGGCUGUUCCUAUAACACAGAAAAUUCCUUGAGGUUUAGUGUGAAGCAGAGGGAUGAGUGGAUAGCGGCAAGAGCCAGUGUGGCCCUUUACAUUGCUGCGCACCGAGGGUACCUGGACAUAAUAAGUUUUCUUUUAAAGAAUGGAGCCGAUGUACUGGCCAAGACCAAGCUUGGAAACAGCCCACUCCAUGUGGCAUCGGCUAUGGGCAAGUGUGACUGUGUAGAUGAACUCUUAGCAAACGGAGCAAAAACUCAAGACGUCAAUGAAAACGGACACACCGCUCUUGGCCUGGCAAAGUUAUGGGGCCAGAAGAAGGUUGAACGCCACCUCUUCCAGUUCCAAUGGCGAGAACGAGCGGCUGCUGUUUCUGUCAACACUCAUCUAGAUCCCUCUGAACUUUUUGCCCAUCAAAAGUUUGACUCUAAGCUAAAAACAUGGAGGAGCGGAUCUUAUGCUAAGCGUUACAUGGCUAACCUUGUCCAGUAUAAAGAGUUUUAAG